UUAUCCGGCCUUAUCGGUGAGAGAACCGCCGCUCGGAUCGUAGUGGAAACAGACAGCGAGAGGAGCGGCCGAGAUAAUAGCGGGGAUAGCAGGAAGAAAAAAAUGGGGCAAGCGUGGUGCAAGGAGAAGUCCUCGAAGGCUGAGGACUCAAAGUCCCCCCUGGAUCGGGUCUUUGUCCGGUGUGCCCAUCGGAUCUAUCCAAGCCUAAAGGAAGAAGGAUCAGUUCUCGGGGGUGCUACGCAGAGGGUGACAAGCUCCGAAAUAGGAUAUGCCGGUUCGCCGCCAAGAGAGGUGCUCACGCGGGGCAGGAGCAUAGACUCUGUGGACAGGCCUUUUCAUCCGAGCGAGUGGGUCGACGUGAACCUCGAAGUGCCGAGCACGCCGAGGCCGAGCUCGGCCCUCACGAAUCUGACCGUCGACACGAGCCUCUAUCCCGCCACCACGCCGACGUCGAGCUGCUCGAAUCUGAAGGACGCCACGCCGGUACCGCCGCCCCGUCGAAAAAAGAGGAACAAGGGCAGGCCCCUGCCACCGAAACCGGACGAGAUCGCCGAGUCGUCGCCGGGUAAUUCGAAGCGCGCUGAGACAGGCGACGAGCCGUUGUACUCGUCGGUUAGGUCGCCGAAAAGCAGCGGGGACGAGCAGGACGCGGAUGAGGAGGCCAAGCCGGACGAUGUUACGCCGCAAGUGGACCCGGGACGCGAGGGAAGAAGGACGAAGGAGAUUUAUGAACACAAGGUUAACGGCACCGGAAGGAUAAUAUCGAGCGACGUGGUGUCUGGCAAGAGAGCGUCCCACAUCGAGGACCGGAAGUCCGGCAGGACGGUGGAGAGCGACCAUCAUCAUCGCAGGGCUCCAGAGGCCGAGGAAUACGACAGAUUCGCUAGGAGCAGAACGACCAAGGACUCGUCGACUCCUAAUCGCGAGGAGAAAUGGGCAUCGAAGGAGGCUGGGAAACGGAUCGUGGAUACCUCGAGGGACACGGAGAAGUCGACCAGUGGCGCGAGGACUAAGAACUACAGCACCGUCAGUCUGCCGAAUUACGACGAGCUGGACGUGACCAGGCAUUUGGCGAAGGGGGCGAAGGGGGGACAGGCUGACGGGGACAGAACAAAGUCCAGGAGACCCGUCAGGAGCAGCACUGGAUCCCUUCCGGCUGAAUCUUUCCUCGCGCCCUUCUCCGAGAAAACGAGCGUUCGGCUGGAGGAUUACAUACCGAGGCGUGGAAGUCCAGACAACCUGCCAGAGUAUCAGGUCUUAGAGAAGCUGGAUUGUGGGCCGAACGAUGUGGUCGACGCCGAUUUCGUCAAGUACGAUCCGAGUAAAUCGGAGGACUGGGAUCUGGAAGACGGCGUCGAUAAUUGCGAAUUGAAUCACGAAGCGCGACUCUCUUUCGAGGACUCCCCGAGCAGGAGCAACGGGAAGGAAUCGAGCAAGGAUGAGGAUGUUGUCGAUUUUGUACGGAGAUCUCCGAUCGAUCUGCAGGACGCAGGAUCGCCAGUCUGUUUGCAGAAGCCCGAGGCUUUCGGAAAAACGCCAUCUCCGUCGUUCGGAGGGACGGAAUAUUCUGAAGUGAAUCCAAAUAGGUCUCACUUGAGGUACUUCGAUCCACCCACGCUAGAGGACAGCUGCAGAGAUUCGACUGCCUGCGACAUUUCCGCCUCCAAAGAACCGUUUUUCCUGGACGAGGCGAAACAUCGUUCCGCUUUAGAUACGAUCGUGGGGGACGGAAGGCAGACGGGGACCGAUCGAUCGGACCAAACCAGAACGAUCUUCGGUAGGCGACUGUCGAACGAGAGCGAGCCGGACAAUGACGCGUACGAAUCCAAGGAGUUGGCAACCGGUCGCCCGGCAAGCCUGAUCAGAACGAUAUCCGAGGAAUCAUUGCCGCGUGAGAUGCUCGAGCAGCAGGUGAUGGAAGAGUUCUUCGACGAGAAACUGGCCAAAGACACUCACAACAAGCUAAGAAAAUGCCUGGACGACCAUAUGACCAAGACACCUCCACCUAGUCCUGAGCCCAGGAUCAAGCCUGAGAUCCUGGACAACGAUCACUCGACACUGCUGAAGGUCCUCAAAGAUGACGCUGCGGAUGAGAGCAACGUGAGCUCGAUGACGCCCAGUUUGACCGAGUUGGAAGCUGCGUUGUCGGACAUGCUGGAGCAAGAGGAACCACAUGAAGGUGUCAAAGACAGAGAAGGCAAGAUGAACAAUGGGGGCUCUGUGAAGCUACCACUACCUGUAGGGUCUGGAUCGAGGAUGGACAUGGCUGGAGCUAACUUGGGCCAACAGAUCACGGGGACCUCAGACGAUCAUAGCCAGAAAGAGGGUUCCGUGUCGCUCGGGCAGAUCCUGGAGACCAGGAAGCCGAUUACCAACAGGAAGGUCUCGUUCUGCGCCUGGGAAGAGACGCUCAUGAAGGCGGAGGAUGAUCGUGAAUUCAUCGAACGUCCGACGGAUUUAGAUAAGGACACCGUUUCUCAUCCGAACGACGUGGCGUGGGGCGUUGGGGGCGCGGCUUGCGCUACCGAUCUGCCACCUGAGAAACCGAGCCGGCUGAACAGAAAUCUCGAGGACUUGAUGGAGAAUCCAGGUGACGUGCCCACACCGCCUCGCAGGAGGCACAGGACCAUAGGGAAGAGGGAACUUGAGGUGGCUCAGAAUGGCUCGGCGAUGAUUGAACAGUUCACGAACGACAGGCUUAUCUGA